AUGGCAGCGAUAAGUAGUAUUUCAUCCAGAUACCAGGACAUCAUCUCCAAAAGUCUUCAGAUCUCUGCAGGAUCUCCUGUUGUCUACCAGCUGAGAACAAAGGAAGAGAAGUUUGGGACUCUGACAAGAAAAACUGUUGGAGAGAAAAACCUGAACAAGACAAACAGAACCAUCUUACUUGUAGGUGAAACAGGAACAGGAAAAUCUACUCUGAUCAACGCUCUGGUCAACUACACCAUGGGAGUGAAGUUUGAGGACAACAUCUGGUUUAAGAUCGUAGAAGAAGAGAAGAGAAGUCAGUCAGAGAGUCAGACAUCAGAUGUGAUCGUCUACAAGAUCUUUGGUUAUGAAGGUAAAACUCUGCCCUACUCUCUGACCAUCAUCGAUACUCCUGGAUUCGGAGACACCAGAGGGAACGAACAUGAUGCCAUCAUUAGUCAAAGAUUAUUUGACUUGUUCCGCUCAGACGAUGGAGUUCAUGAACUUUCUGCAGUGGGUGUGGUGCUGAAGGGGAGUGAGAAUCGAGUGAGUGAUCGACUGAAGUACAUCUUUAAUUCAGUGACGUCUCUGUUUGGAAAAGGCAUGGAGGAGAACAUCGUACCUCUCAUCACACACUUUCGUGGACGGACACCUAAAAAUGUUCUGAAAGCUCUUGAAGCUGCAAAAAUUAAAUGUGCCAAAAAUGAGAACAAUGAAAAUGUUCACUUCCUGUUUGAUAACUGCCAGACUGAAGACCGAACAGAUGACACAGACAAACUUAAAUGCGCUGAUGAAAUAACAAUGAAAGGAAUGAAUCAGUUCAAAGACUUUCUAGAUGAAACUGCACCUCAAGAACUGAAAACAACUGUGGAAGUUCUGAAUGAGCGCAUCAGACUGACAGCCUGCAUCCAAAACCUGCAAGAAAGAAUCCAGCUGAUUGAACUGAAACAGAGACAGAUCCAACAGACUGAAGAAGCUCUGAAGAAACAUGAAGAAGAGAUGAAGAAGAAUGAAGAGUUCACUGUAGAAGUUGAAGAGGUCUGCAAAGAGAAAGAGGAUAUCAAAGAGUGCUCUAUUGAUUGCCAUGUGAAGAGGUUUGGCUCGGAGCUUUGGGCUCAGCUGCUUUUAUAA